CCCAUCAGAGUCAGUCACAGCAGUGUAGCUGAUGCUAGCAUCAAUUACACACACAGCAGUUACGGUAACGUUCUCGAUACCCUCUUGCGUCACAUGCUGUACAACUGUACCAUUGAUGAAGGCCGGAAUAAACAUAGAUGUACUAGGACUGGCGGUCACGGUCGCACUAGGGCUAGCAGUCACAGUUGCGCUAGGGCUGGCAGUGACGGUAGCACUUGGACUCGCCGUUACAGUCGCACUAGGACUGGCUGUCAUGGUGGAACUAGGGCUGGCAGUCAUAGUUGCGCUAGGGCUGGCCGUGACGGAAGCACUUGCACUCGCAGUUACAGUCGCACUAGGACUGGCUGUCACGGUUGCGCUAGGGCUGGCAGUAACAGUGGCACUGGGGCUGGCAGUCACCGUCGCACUGGGAGUAGCGGUUACGGUUGCACUCGGACUCGCCGUUACAGUGGCAGAAGGACUCGAGGUCACCGUAGCACUUGGCGAGGCAGUGACUGUACCACUGGGGCUGGCAGUCACAGUGGCGCUCGGACUGGCAGUGACGUCGCACUCGGACUCGCUGUCACGGUUGCGCUAG